AUGUAUCCAAAUUGGCUCGUUCUGCUCCACUUGCCGCUGGUUUGUUUGGGAGUUGUUGGCUCGCAAAUGUUUGCACAGCCGCUGACAAAGAAGCACAACACCGGUGUUUGGAGCAUCGAAAGGGCGGCGGGACACAAGGUUGAGGAAGCCGCGUUGCCGCAGCAUCUGCAACAAAUCACGGGCAGCGAAGCGUUGGCGCCAUUGUUGCUCGGAUUACUAGGCCAAACAGUGCCAAAUUGGCAGCAGCAGCAGCAGCACCAGCAACAGCAACAGCAGCAACACUACCAGCAACACCAACAGCAACACCAAGCGAAUCAGGAGCAACAACAGGCCACAAAUCAACCGCAACAAGAGGGGAAAGGGUUUUUUGUUUAUGAAAAGGCCGCGGGUCAACAGCCUCGAAUAUUGGCCGGGUUCAAUGGCGUCGAUGUGCAACCUGAACAACGCCAGCCACUGCGCUUCCUGCCAAAGCGAAUUCGGCCUCAGUCGGAGUCUCAACAACUGGAUCCAGCAGCCGGGCCAAAAAUCGUUGAGGCGCCGCCAGCCGCAGCCGUUUCGGCGCCAGGACUCAAGAGCCACCCGCCCCCAUCCCCGGCAACUGCAGCGCCAGCAAGUUGCCAACUCUGCUGCAAUCCGUCGGAAGUUGCCAGUGCCAGUGCCGGUGCUAGUGCCACGCCCUGCCAGCCUUCCGCCCCGACCACGCCUUCUUCCGGGGGCCACGAGAUUAUCCCGCUGCUCAGUGCGAUGGUGCUUAAGGCGACAGUUGGUUAA